AGGGGUCGACUCCUCCAAGGAAGGCAUCAGUCUGUGGCAUCUGCUCCCCUGAACAAGUCCAAUACACCAAUUACACACCAAUAUGAAGCUGACCAUUUUCAUCGUCGCGAGCAUCCUGCUCAUUAGCUUGGCCGAUCUGGGCACUGGAUGCAAGACCCCAAACAACAAGCCCCCAAAGAGCAAGCCCCCAACCAAUCCCUGCGACUUGUGCGGAUUAUGCGGUCCCGGUGGAACCGCCUGCCAGGGAUGCAAAGGAAGGGACGGUCUCUGCCAGGAGCUGCUCGACAAUGUGCGCGUCCUUGAACGCAAGAUCCGGCAGUGCGUGUGCGGGCAAAAGGCGUGGUUGCUGUAAAGGGGAUCUACUGUAUCCCUGAGCCUACUCCUACGCCCUGAUGUGAUUGUGUGACGUGACCCCUGCCCCAAUUGUUAUUGUUAUGUUUCCAUCAAUUCAUGUUGUGUAUAUUUACUCUUUUAUGUAUAAAAAAACCCGUGCGGAGUGCUGACUUCGGUCGCAUUCCCAUCUUUCAUUCCGUUGCAAAUA